CGCAUGGAGAAUCAACACGCGAAAAUGAUGAAACGUGGCUGAAAUACACUGAAAUAAGACUAUAACUGGUUGACGUUCGUUCCAAGGUAUAUUGGUUUUGAGGAAGAUACCAUAAUGGAUGAUGAUGCCUUGCGUGGCUUGGGACCCAUGGCUGAUGCGCAGUCCCAAGCAAGGGCAUGUCAAUAUUUUGAGCAGUUGAAAGCUGCUGACACUGGAUGGCAGCUGUGUGCUAAUGUUUUGGCAAACGGAAUGUACCAAAACAAUGAUCAUGUGAAAUUCUUCUGUUUUCAAGUCAUUGAGCAUUUCCUAAAGACAAGGUAUAUGCGUUCUAGCGCCAUCGAACAGCAACAAAUCAAAUCCUUCUUGAUGACCUGGUUACAAGUACAGAGCUGCUCGGGAAAUCUGGACAAGAGUUUCAUCCGGAACAAAGCAGCCCAGAUCUUCUCCUUGACGUUUAUCGUCGAUUAUCCUCACAAGUGGCCAACGUUCUUCAGCGAUAUCCUGCAGAGUUUCACCCUCGGUCAGCCUGCUGUUGAUAUGUACUUACGGAUUCUUGUCGCCAUAGAUAGUGAAGUUGUUGAUCGGGAGAUUGUUCAUAGUCACGAGGAGUCGGAACGCAACACAAGAAUCAAAGAUGCAAUGAGAGAUGGCUGUGUACAGAUGUUAGUCGACUCCUGGUUUCAAAUUCUGACGACUUAUCGGAAUUCCAAUCCAGAGAUGACAUGUCUGUCUCUAGACGUAAUUGGUGCUUACAUCUCGUGGAUCGACAUCAACUUGAUCGCAAAUAAUCGUUUCGUCGGCGUGUUGAUGCAAUUCAUGACGAUGCCGUUAUUGCGAGAAAGCGCUUGCGACUGCAUCCACGAGAUUGUUAGUAAGGGGAUGGACCCAGUGAUGAAGACGAAACUCAUCGAGUCGUUUGCGAGCGUUUUACAAGACACCGGUGUGAUGGCCGUCUCGGAUGAUGAAGAAGGAGACUUUCUUGCCAAAUUAUCCAAACUGGUGAAUACGAUGGGCAUAAAUCUUAUUGGUGCUUGGCAAAGGUUGGGUAAAGUCGGUGAACAUCACAACCCAGAUAUGGCGAAGGAAUGUCUGGUAGCGGUGGAGAACAAAGUGCCAUUAAUGUUGACGUACCUAGGGAACGAGGAUGACGACGUGUCCGCGGCUGUUGCCGGAUUUUCACACGAGUAUCUCGAUUUCCUGAAGCAGAUGACUGCCAUAUCGCCAAAACAGAAGGAAAAUUUUGAGAACCUCCUUUUCGUUACUGUUAAGAAGAUGAAGUACGAUGAAUCCUAUAAUUUCGAUUCAGAGGGAGAAGAGGAAGCCAUGUUUCAGGAGUACAGGAAGCAGCUGCGGCGAAUCAUGAACCAUUUGGCCACGCUGGACACAGAAUUGUUCCUGGUACGAAUGCACAGCAUCGCAUCUCAGUCAUUGAUGAGCUGGAAGUCGGUCGAUUACCAAGAUGUGGAAGUAGCCAUCUUGUUGGUCUACCAGUUAGCUGAGGCAAUUCCUUCGUCUGCUGGUCAUCAUUUCACCGGACCCAAAGCUGAUGUUCUACUUGAGCUGAUGAGAACAUUGAUGAACUCUGGUGUCAGUCACCAUCCCCACUCGGCAGUUACUCUCCAGUUCUUCGAGACCAUUGUGAGAUACGAAAGAUUCUUCCUCCAAGAGCCACAGCAUUUAGCGGAAGCUUUGAUUGCAUUUCUGGAUGAACGAGGUCUAAGGAAUAGUUCUCCUCAUGUCCGCAGUCGGUCUGCAUACCUGUUUUCACGAUUUGUUAAAGGUGCUCUACGGUCGCAGUUCCAAGAUUAUGUCGAAGAUAUUCUGAAGCGGAUGCAGGACCUCUUGAUACUUAGCUCACCCGAUAAUGGACACCAGCAUCUUCUGACAUCAGAUGAUCAACUCUUCAUUUACGAGACGGCCAGUAUUCUCAUCGUAGGAGGAAACUUCCCACCCGAGAAAAAGCAGUUACUGAUGAAGGAACUGUUGUCACCGAUUCUGAAUAAGUUUGGCGGCAUCCUGAAUAAGAUGCAGCGAGAGAGGGACGAACAGAAACAGCUGAUGUAUGCUGAGUGUCUCGCCUCUGCUAUGGCAUUUGCUAGUCGAACGAGUAAAGGCUUUUCUGCACAGAUGAACAUGAAGCUAUGUGGGUGCUCGCUGGCCUUUACGGAAACACUGAAGGUCUUUCUCAGCGCCCUCGGUAGCACUGUCCAUCGUCAGCGCCUCCACGCCGGGGUACGCCAGUUCCUCCACCGGAUGGUGGUGUGUUUGGACGGUGAGAUUCUGCCGUUUAUUCCCGUUGCCAUGGAGAGUCUGUUGAAGAGUCCCGAUGCACGGGAACUUCAUGAUUUCAUUCCGUUGAUGAAUCAGCUUGCAACGAAGUUUAAGAAUACGAUUGUGCCAUUUCUGGAACAGGUGUUCAUGCCGUUUGUGACCACGAUUUUCCAAGUUCUCCAGAUGCCGACUGACGAGCGUGACCAGGUGACGGCGUCGGAGAAACGCAUGCUCCAUCGUAGUUACUUCCUAUUCAUCUCGUGUCUACUCACUAACAACAUACAUGAUGUACUCGCCAACCAAGAACCACAGAAUAUACACCAAGUCUUACUGACAAUCAUCCAGGGUGCGCGGGACGAGCCCGACCCACCAACUCAAAAGAUGUGCUUCCUCAUCCUCAGGAAACUCGUGACCCUCUGGGGGGACGAGGCCACACAUCCCGCAUUUCACAAGUUCACUUACGAGAAUAUUCUACCGGCAUGUUUCUUGGCGCCGAUGAAAACGUCUUUCGAUCUUUCUGAUGCUCAGACAGUCCUUGUUUUGAAUGAGGUUUCCAGCUGCAUGAAGACAAUACAUGAGAAGAAGGGAAACGAGUUCAUCAAAUACUUACAGACUGAUUACCUGCCGACACUUAACCUCACACCCGAGAAAAUACAGGAGUACUGUCAGGCUCUCAAGUCAGAACCUAAAAUGUUCAAAAGUUAUAUGAAAGUGUUUUUCACACAGGCCAAGUCAUGACGACGAUUCCCUACCUCUUGACAGCAACGAUUGUCGCGUGAUAAUUUUGUAAAAUAUUUGUACAUUCUGACCUUUGAUGCUUUGUAAAUACUUGUGAUGGUUUGCCUACUGUAACUCCUCCCCCUCCGAUUGAAUUUCUGCAGACUAGAUCAGAAAUUUGUGUUAUUGUUGUAUAGUAAUUGUAAAACCUUUCUGAUGAGUAGCACUGUAAUGACGACUAUCCCUUCCUUGGGAUCUACUGGAUACACGAUGACAAUCUGAAUAGGAACGAUAACGGUCUCUAGCCGGACUACGACUAUGACGUUUAGAGUGGCAGAGCUGCCAACCCCAGAUUUUCUCCUUCAGUAGUAUUCUAACAAAAUUCCAGAUUUUUCAGUAGUUUCAGGGUGUCCUUCAGUAGUCCUCAGGUUUGGUUAAAACACCCUUUUUCUGUGCACAGUGCACUGUCGAC